AUGACCAGUACUGAUGUCCAGGAACCUCAAACUCCAGCAAUUCCAAAUUCUGAUCCUCCGGGAGACACAUCAUCAUCAGGCGGCAAUGAUAAUCUGCCAGCAAAUGGAGGCAGAGGAUCUGAAGAUUCUCGGCAGAUGCAACUGAGCAGCGUGUUGCAGAAGAAAAAACCAAGAAAUAUUAAGAACAAGAGGCUUCACAUGUACAAUGAUGAUGCUCUAGAGCUUAGGAUUAAUUGGGAAGAAGCACAAGAGUUGUUGCGUCCUCCUCCAUCUACCGAGCCGACUGUUUUCAUGGUCGAGGAUUAUGAGUUUGAAGAGUUUGAAGAACCCCCGAUUUUCGGGAAGAGGACGAUUUUCAUAUCUCAACCUUCCGGGGAGCUUGCACAACUGGUUCAAUGUGAUAGUUGCUCGAAAUGGCGUAAGCUGCCAGUUCAAGCUCUUAUUUCUGCAAAUUGGACCUGUGCAGAAAAUGUCUGGGACACUAACAGGUCUUCGUGUUCUGCUUCAGAAGAGAUGAACCAAAGGGACCCAAAUUUUGUCUCUAGAACUAACAAGGAUCACAAGAAGCAAAAAACUAGCGACAGCAAAUCGGGCUCCCGUGAAGGCAAGCCCUCGUCUGGCCUAGACGCGCUUGCAAAUGCUGCAGUCUUAGGGGACAACAUAACCGAGCUCACGGCUGGGCCCACCACAAGGCAUCCACGUCAUCGUCCUGGCUGCUCAUGCAUCGUCUGCAUUCAGCCCCCGAGCGGUAAAGGAAGGCACGACCCCAACUGCAAGUGCAAUGUCUGCCUAACCGUCAAACGCCGCUUCAAAACCCUCAUGCUCCGCAAGAAAAAACGCCAGUCUGAUCGUGAAGUUGAGCUCGCCCUAGAUAAUACUACUACUACUACUACUACUACUAAUAAUAAUAAUAAUAAUAAUAAUAAUAAUAAUAAUAAUAAUAAUAAUAAUAAUAAUAAUAAUAAUGAGGGGAAAAAAGUGGAUAAUAUUAUUAUGGAAGAUGUGAAUAAAGCCCGGUUGGACUUGAACAGUGAUCCACAUCGUGAGGAUGAUAUUUUGGCGGGAACUUCUGGGAUGAGCCUAACGACGUUGAUCAACACAGCUGCUGCUGCUGCUUACCCGCUGGAUAUGUAUUUGGGCCGGAACGGGCUCCAAAGACUUGGACCGGGCCUUUCUUUGAUCUCUCGGGGUUCUAGUGGAGGUUUUGAUGGAGUUGGGUCGUCGUCUGGGGAUGGGAAGCAGGAGAAUAGUCGCAUGGAUGGGUGA